AAGGCAGAGGCGCCGUGAUCAGGCGGGAUGUGCCUCUGAGGGCCACGGCCCAGCGGCCCACCAUGGCCCCCAGGACCCUCUGGAGCUGCUACCUCUGUUGCCUGCUGACCACAGCCGUGGGGGCAGCUAGCUACCCACCUCGCGGGUACAGCCUCUACACAGGGAACGGUGGGGCCCUCAGCCCCGGAGGGCCCCAGGCCCAGAGCGCCCCUCGGCCUGCCAGCCGCCACAGGAACUGGUGUGCCUUCGUGGUGACUCGGACAGUGAGCUGUGUCCUGGAGGAUGGAGUAGAGACCUUCGUCAAGCCCGACUACCAGCCCUGUGGCUGGGGCCAGCCCCAGUGUCCCCGCAGCAUCAUGUACCGCAGCUUCCUCCGUCCUCGCUACCGCGUGGCCUACAAAACGGUGACGGACAUGGAGUGGAGGUGCUGUCAGGGAUAUGGGGGUGAUGACUGUGCUGAGAAUCCUGCCCCAGUGCUGGGUCCUGCGCCGACCACACCACGCCCCCGGCCACGGCCUGGCCGCCCCAACCUUUCUGGCUCCAGUGCAGGAAGCCACCUGAGUGGACUAGGCGGGGAAGGUCCUGGGGAAUCAGAGAAGGUGCAGCAGCUGGAGGAGCAGGUACAGAGCCUGACAAAGGAGCUGCAGGGCCUUCGGGGUGUCCUGCAGGGACUGAGUGGGCGCCUGGUGGAAGAUGUCCAGAAGGCUGUGGAGACGGCCUUUAACGGGAGGCAGCAGCCAGCAGACGCAGCUGCCCGCCCUGGCGUGCACGAAACCCUCAAUGAGAUCCAGCAGCAGCUGCAGCAACUGGACAAGCGUGUCUCCACCCAUGACCAGGAGCUGGGCCAUCUCAACAACCAUCACGGUGGUGGUGGCAGAGCCCUGGAUCCGGCCCCAGCCUCUCCCGGCCACAGCGAGGAGCUGCUGCGGGAGGUGGAGCAGCGGCUGCAGGAGUCCUGCUCCGUGUGCCUGGCGGGGCUAGAUGGCUUCCGCAGGCAGCAGCAGGAGGACAGGGAGCGGCUGCGAAGACUGGAGAAGCUACUGGAGGAGCGGCAGCGGCAGCUCGCCGGGCAGGCCGUGGGCCGCAGGCCCCCUCAGGAAUGCUGCCCUCCGGAGCUGGGCCGGCGACUGGCAGAGCUGGAGCGGAGGCUAGAGGUCGUGGCCGGUUCAGUGACCGUGCUGAGUGGGCGGAGAGGCACGGAGCUGGAAGGUGCAGCGGGGCAGGGGGGCCAUCCCCCAGGCUACACCAGCUUAGCAUCCCGCCUCUCCCGCCUGGAAGACCGAUUCAACUCUACCCUGGGUCCCUCGCAGGAGCAGGAGGAGGGCCGGCCUGGGCGUCCUGGGGGCCUGAGCCACUGGCUGCCCGCUGCCAGAGGCCGGUUAGAGAAGCUGGAGGGGCUGCUGAACAAUGUGAGCAAGGAGCUGGGUGGGCGGCUGGACCUGCUGGAAGAGCAGGUGGCAGGGGCCGUGCAGGCAUGUGGGCAGCUCUGCUCUGGGGCUCUGGGGGAGAAGGACUCCCAGGUCAGUGAGACCCUCAGUGCUUUGGAGCGCAGGGUGCUGGACGGCGAGGGGCAGCUGCGGCUGGUCAUCUCUGGCCUAAACAAGGUGGGAGCAGCUGGGGAGACACGGCAGGCCACGCUGGAAGGGUUGCAAGGGGUCGUAGGCCAGCUCCAGGGUCGUGUCGAUGCUCAGGAUGAGGCAGCUGCAGAGCUCACACUUCAGCUGAAUCUCACAGCUGCACGGCUGGGCCAGCUAGAGGGUCUGCUGCAGGCCCGCGGGGAUGAGGGCUGUGGGGCCUGCGGGGGGGUCCAGGAGGAACUGGGCCGCCUUCGGGAUGGCGUGGAGCGCUGCUCCUGCCCCCUGCUGCCUCCACGGGGCCCGGGGGCUGGCCCGGGUGUUGGGGGGCCGAGCCGUGGGCCUCUGGAUGGCUUCAGUGUGUUCGGGGGCAGCUCAGGCUCAGCCCUCCAGGCCCUGCAAGGAGAGCUUUCCGAAGUCAUCCUCACCGUCAGCUCCUUCAAUGACUCGCUGCAUGAGCUCCAGGCCACGGUGGAGGGCCAGGGUGCUGAUCUGGCCGACCUGGGAGCCACCAAGGACCGCAUCAUCUCCGAGAUUAACAGGCUGCAGCAGGAGGCCACAGAACAUGUCAUGGAGAGCGAGGAGCGCUUCCGAGGCCUGGAGGAGGGACAGGCGCAGGCUGGCCAGUGCCCCAGCCUAGAGGGGCGAUUGGGCCGUCUGGAGGGAGUCUGUGAGCGGUUGGACACAGUGGCCGGGGGACUGCACGGCCUACGUGAGGGCCUUUCCAGACAUGUGGCUGGGCUCUGGGCUGGGCUACGGGAGACCAACAGCACCAGCCAGACACAGGCAGCCCUGCUGGAGAAGCUGCUGGGGGGACAGGCGGGCCUGGGCAGGCGGCUCGGCGCCCUGAACAGCUCACUGCUGCUCCUGGAGGACCGGCUCCACCAGCUCGGCCUGAAGGACUUCACUGGUGAGGGGCUGCCAUCCUCGUCCCCAGGCGUGUUCACAGCGCCGCUGGCUGGACGCUACUUGCUGAGCGCCGUGCUGACCGGGCACCGGCACGAAAAAGUGGAGGCGGUCCUGUCCCGCUCCAACCUGGGCGUGGCGCGCAUAGACUCCGGUGGCUACGAGCCUGAGGGCCUGGAGAAUAAGCCGGUGGCCGAGAGCCAGCCCAGCCCCGGCGCCCUGGGCGUCUUCAGCCUCAUCCUGCCGCUGCAGGCGGGGGACACGGUCUGCAUCGACCUGGUCAUGGGGCAGCUGGCGCACUCGGAGGAGCCGCUCACCAUGUUCAGCGGAGCCCUGCUCUACGGGGACCUGGACCUGGAGCUGGAACAGGCGUAGGCAGGGGGCCGGGCCGACCGGCCUGAAGUGUCUGUGCCGCCAAAGAGCCAUCUGGGGGGGCGGGCACCCCAGCCCCAGGUGCAUCGCCGUCUCCAGACCCGACCGGCAAAGGCGCCCAGAGCAGCCUCCCCCCCCAGGCUCCCCCCCCCUCGCAAACGGAGCGUGACAGGUGGGGGUCUCCGGAGUCCCCUCGUCCAGACUGUGAGCCUGAUCGCUGUCCCCCGCAGGCCCCGGGCUGCGGAGGAGAGGGUCCCGGACCCUAGAAGCUCCCCCAGCGGCUUCUAAGCCGGUCCCCCGGGUUCCAGGGCGCUCCUGAGGCGCUCCGCCACCACCGCCAUACUAAACUAUUCAGGAAUAAAGACAUUUGGUUUUUAUAAAAAAACAGAACAAAACGAAA